CUGCUGCUGCUUCAUCAUAAUACAGGAUGAGCAACAACGGCACAGAUAAUUCCUCUGGAUUCCUAGGAUCCAACAACAUCAGUGGAUUCGGGUAUGGCAUAGGAAUAUCAAGUGGGAUUCUUCUGCUUGUCACCACCAUCACCCUCACUUCCUAUUUCUGCACCAGAACACAGUCACCACCGUCUUCUCCCUCCCCCUUGGCUGCUCGGAGAAAUCUCCCCACUUUCUUUGAGCCGCAUCACACGGUGGUGGGUGGGAUAGACGAAGCCACCAUUCUGAGCUACCCCAAGCUUCUGUAUUCUGAGGCCAAGCUACAAAAGCCAGAUUCCACGGGGACAUGCUGCUCCAUAUGCCUAGGAGAUUAUAAAAGCAGGGAUAUGCUUCGGGAGUUGCCGGAUUGUGGUCAUAUAUUCCACCUUAAGUGCAUUGAUCCAUGGCUCAGAAUGCAUCCAACGUGUCCUCUCUGUAGAACAUCUCCUGUCCCAACACCACUCGCCACGCCUCUCGCCGAGGUGGUUCCAUUGACCACCAUGCGGGUACCAUAAUCGUAGGGACUAGCGACACUUGAUCGAAGCAGCAUCAGAAAUCUGAAAUGCUUUCAUAUCAUCAUUGUCACGCUAUGAAAUUAAGACGCAGUUAUUGAUAGAGCAUUCUUUUUCUUCUGUGGG